UACAAGCUGGCUCCCUCCGCUCUGGGAGUGUUUCGCAUUUAAACAAACACGGUCCUGCCGAAGAUGGCGGAGAGUUUGUAGAGGCGUAAAAGAAACUGCUCCACUCAAUGAAAGCGUCGAAGCCGGAGAUGUUAAGACAUUGAAGCGACACUAGACCCUGGAUGGAGCUUGACUGGGGCUUGUACUGGUCAAGGUGCUGAUAUGCGCUGAAGAUGAGUGGCAUAGGAGACAACUCGUUGGAGCCUCUGUGCUCUGACCGCAAACGUAAACUGUCCACCUGUGACACACCAGGCUUAGGGUGUGACAAGCGUCGGAGGGAACAGGAGAGCAAGUACAUUGAAGAGCUGGCUGAGCUCAUCUCUGCCAACCUCUCCAACAUUGACAGCUUCAACGUCAAGCCUGACAAAUGUGCCAUCCUCAAGGAGACUGUGAGACAGAUCAGACAAAUCAAAGAACAAGGAAAGAGCUCUUGCAGUGAUGAUGAUGUCCAGAAGGCGGAUGUGUCCUCCACUGGUCAAGGGGUCAUUGACAAGGACCAUCUGGGACCGCUGCUCCUACAGGCCUUGGAUGGCUUUUUGUUUGUGGUUAACCGAGAGGGCAGCAUUGUAUUUGUGUCAGACAACGUGACACAGUACUUACAGUACAAACAGGAGGAGCUGAUCAACACCAGCGUGUACAACAUCAUCCAUGAUGAGGACAGGGAAGAGUUUCACAAGAAUCUACCCAAGUCCAAUGCACCAAAUGGGGCAUCGUGGGGUGGCGAGGCACCCCGGCAGAAGAGCCACACCUUCAACUGUCGUAUGCUGGUGAACUUUGUUCAUGAAGAGAGGCCCGGGAGCCAGCGCUACGAGGCGAUGCAGUGUUUUGCACUCACUCAACCCCGAGCCAUGAUGGAGGAGGGAGAAGAUUUGCAGUCUUGUAUGAUUUGUGUGGCACGACGCAUCAUUGCAGUAGAGAGGACGGAGAGGUUUAGCACUCGACACGAACUGUCUGGUAAACUGAUUGAAAUUGAACAGCAGAGCUCUCCUCACACCACUAUGCGUCCAGGCUGGGAGGAUCUGGUGAGGCGCUGCAUGCAGAUGUUCCUCCAUCGAAGUGAGGGACAACCAUGGUCCUACAAACGCCACUAUCAAGAUGCUUUCCAUCAUGGCCACGCAGAGACCCCACUCUACCGCUUCUCUCUCUCUGAUGGCACCCCAGUCACAGCCCAGACCAGGAGUGACCUCUGCAGGAAUCCCAACACCAAUGAGCCGCACUCUUUCCUCUCAACACACUUGCUACAAAGGGAGCAGAAUGGUUAUCGUGGAAACCAGGGAGGAGGCAUGAGGCCACAAAACAUGGGUGUGAACAAUCCCAAUCAACAGAUGAACAUGGGUCCGGGAGGGGGCAUGGGCAUGAACAGGGGCUACAACAUGGCUGAACAGGGCAACAUGCCGCAAAGGGGAGUGCCUCCGUAUGCUGGAGGCAACCGCAUGAAUCCCAUGAACCAGAUGAAUCAAAUGAAUCCUAUGAAUCAGAUGAAUCCUAUGCAUCAGAUGAAUCAAAUUAAUCCCAUGCAUCAGAUGAACAACAUGGGUAACAACAUGGGUCAGAUGAAUCAGAUGAAUUCCAUGCAUCCAAUGAACUCCCCCAUGAGUUCCAUGAACCAGAUGGGGCCCAUGAAUCAGAUGGGCCACCACGGCAUGCAUCAGCAGCAGCACCAACAUCCGCAGAUGGGUCAGUUCCAUGGAGGUGGAGGCGGACCUGGAGGUGGAGGGUACGGGAUGGGAAUGACCAGUCCCCCCCAGGCCAGCCCAGGGAUUAAUGCUCCUCCACACAACGUCAUGGGUUCCCCCAGAGUCCGAGGAAGCCCUAAGAUGGGUGCCAGCCCCUUUUCACCCGGAGGUAUGAACUCUCCUAUGAGCUCCAAUCACCCAGGUAACUCUGGAGGUACCACCUUCUCCAGCAGCUCCUUGAAUGCUCUCCAAGCCAUUAGUGAGGGAGUGGGCAAUCCGAUGCCCUCUCCCCUCACCUCUCCUCCCCCCCACAAGCCUGACAGCUCUCCGAGCAUCAACUCGACCAACCAGGUAGCAGGGGGACCCUGUAAACUCCCACCCUACUCUGACUCCAAGAGCCCAGGUAGCUCACUGGGGGCUGGAGGAGAGCAGCAGUCUCAGCAGCACCCACACACCCCCACCAGUGAGGGCCUUUCUGACAAGCCAGACAGCCAGGCCAGCAGAGAGGUGGGUCCACCUGGGGGAGAAUCCAAUCGAAGGGUCUCUGACAGCAAGUGCCACAAGAAGCUUCUGCAGCUCCUCACCUCCCCUACAGAUGAGCUGGUGCCACCUAAUCACACUCCAAGCUCUGGGCCCAGCUCCACACCUGAGGCUAAAGACGGAACAGCCAGUGUCACCAGCCCCUCGUCUUCAACAGGAGUGUCCUCCUCUACAGGCGGGAAUCAUGGCGCUGUGUCCUCCUCUGGUGGUGCAGGACAUUUAACAAGUCAGUCACUGCAGGAGAAGCACAAGAUCCUUCACAAACUCCUGCAGAAUGGGAACACUCCUGACGAGGUGGCUCGCAUCACAGCUGAGGCCACUGGGAAGAGCAGCUUGGAAGGGGCACCAGAGCCUGGACCUGCAGCCACUGCAGGGGCUAGGGGAUCAGAAUCAAAGCAGGAGCAGCACAGCCCUAAGAAGGAGAAGCCCCGUGCCCUUCUUCACUACCUCCUCAAUAAGGACGACUCUAAAGAAGGUGGUGAUAUCAAGCCAAAACUGGAGGAGCUGGAGGGCAGAGGAGCUCAAGGUGCAGGGGUCACCAGCUCUGACCCUCACUGCAUGGAUAGGAAGGUCAAGUUGGAGCCAUGUGAUGAGACGGAGACCCUAGAGACCAUUCUGAGUGGCUCAAGAACCAACUCUGGCUUCUACCCUGAACCAGACUCCAGAGCAGGGAAGGAAGUGGGAAACAAACUAGCAAAUAUGCCUGACAGUUUACAUGAGGGGGAGAGAGGACCCAUGCCUCCUGCUCCACGUGGGUAUCAAAGAGCCUUGUCCAUGGAUGCCAAGCCCAUGGGUGGUGAGGGACCAGUAGGAGGAGGGCUGGCUGGGAGAAGGAAUGUCCCCUGUCCCACAUUGGUCAAACAGGAGAACAUGGAUGCUCCAAUCCGGACCGGGGGUGUUCCCAACGGCUUUCCAGGAGGCAUGGGUGUGUGUCCUCCAAGGGGCAAUCCAACAAGAGGUAUGGGCAGAGGAAUGGGAAUGCCGCAGCGCCCUCCCAUUUCAGGGCCAGGGGAAUGGGGGAUGCCAAGGUCCAGCGGCAGCCCUGUGGCCGGACCAGGACACCCUGGUAUGGGUCGCUCUGGUCCAAUGUCAGGACCGAUGAUGAACCGCUCCAACAGUGUACCCGGAAACACCAGGUCUAUGCUGCAGCAGCAACUCAUGGAUAUGGGUACCAAUGAAGCCAAUAUGGGUAUGAACCGGUUUGGUGGACAUGGGCCACCACCUCAGUCCCCGUCCUGGCCAGACUCUGCUAUGGGAAUGGAUAGACCUCAGAGGAACACAAACAGGGACCAGUUUGGACACCCCCUGGAAGAACUUCUGGCCAACACAGAGGGCCCAAGUGAUGAGCGGGCACUUCUUGACCAGCUGGACUCUCUGCUCAAUACCGCGGAUGUCAUUGCUCUACAAGAGAUAGACCGAGCCUUGGGCAUCCCUGAAAUAGUAGGCCAGACACAGGGACCAGAAGGCCACCAGCAGGGCCAAGAUCAGGGCCAGGGCCCGCCAUCAGAGCCUUUUCCAGGGCCGGACUCCUCCUUAGGCAUGGACCAAAAGCCCGUGUUUAACCAAGGCUACCCCGGGCCUCCAGGUCCACCGUCCAUGCAGCCUGGUUAUGGUGGCAACACGAUGCAAGGCCAGUCUCCGGGAGGUUUCAACCCCAUGAUGAAUCAAAUGGGCCAGACGGGCAGCUUCCCUGGCAUGGCGAACAUGGGCAACCCCCGCGCAAACAUGAUGCGACCUCGCAUGAUGACUGCCACCAAGCCUCUCCGACUACAGCUGCAGCAGAGACUGCAAGGACAGCAGUUUAUGAACCAGACUCGACAAGGCAUGAAGAUGGAACAUGCCCCAGGAGGAAAUCCUGCCAUGCAUCCAGGCAUGCAACCUGGCAUGCAGCCUGCAGGCAUGGGUGCUCAGCCUGGUUUCCUGAACGCCCAGAUGAUGGCUCAGCGCAGCAGGGAGAUGAUGACAAUCUCCCAGAUGAGGAGGCAGAGGAUGAUGAUGCUCAUGCAGCAGCAGCAGCAGCAACAGCAGCAGCAGCAGGGGCAGGGGGCAGCAGGAGGCUUCAGCCCUCCUCCAAAUGUCACAGCACCAGGAGGCAUGGACAGCCCCAUGGGAGGACCCCCUAUGAACCAGGCUGGACAGCAGGGCUUCAACUAUGGAGGUAAUUAUGGGAUGAACCAGCAGGGAGACCCAUCAUUCAUGGCUCCAGGGAGCAGCCCACCAGGGAACAUGAUUCAAGGACGAAUGGGAGGUCCUCCUCAGAACACCAUGAUGCCAGGGAUGCAGGGAAAUCCACAGGGAGGCUGGCCACAGGGUGGCAUGCCACGCAACAACUCAUACCCCCAGCAACAGUUCCCUCAGCAGGGCAACCAAGGCCAGUUUGGACCCAUGAUGAUGAACAACACCAUGGGUGGACCCGGGCCAGUCAGCGCGGCCGGUGCGGGACAGAUGGGCCAAAUGCCAGGACAAAGGCACGGCCAGAUGCAGGGCCAAAUGGGCAUGAACCCCAUGGGAAUGGGCAGAAUGCCAAUGGGACCUGAUCAGAAGUAUUGCUGAAGACCUGCAGCUGACAGCAGAAUCUGGAGCCGUUCAUCUGUGGCAGAGCGGUCUGAGCUGGACCUACACACACCUACACACACACACACACACACACACACACACACACACACACACACACACAUCAUAGGAGUUCUCCAGCCGAAAACGUGAUGCAGGAGACUUGACAAAACACACCGCUCAUCUCAGAGGAAGUGGGCUAUAAGGACAGACAUGCGCUGGGCUUCAUCCCCCAACCAAAGCCUCACAUACUGUAACUCUGUUAAGGUGAUGCACAAACACACAAUAUCAAUGUGUGCGUGCAUGUUUGUGUGUGUCCAUGCAAACGACCAGGAGCUGUCGGGCAGUAUUCAGUGUCACAGCCAGGCUGCAGAACGGGACUACGGUACAUCUGGCUGUGGCGGCACUUUACCUGGAGGCUUCUGUGCGGAAUAAAGAUCGAUGCAAUAUUUCUUUAUCAUUACAGCCUUACUAGAGAUUCAAUGCCUUCACAACGAUGGGUUUCUGUUUUCUUUCUUGUCCUUUGGUUGCGCCUCAUCCUUGAAGUCAUUGGAAGCUAUAAGCACACCGUUUACUAUGUUAUGCAGAUUGGAGCAAUAACUCUUGUCUCUAUGCUUUAGACUGUAACUGAGCAUCAUAACCCCUGUUAUAAGCAAACAAAUGGUACUGCAGUAUUAGAUGUCUCAAAUGUCCUCUGUGAAUAUGAAUUGUAAAUAUUCUACAAAAUAUAUCAAACAUGCUUUUUAAAGGCCCAUUAUUGCACAAAGUAUGAGACCUGGUUGUAUUUUUGUGUCCCAUAGGUCAAUACUGAUUAGGUUGAUUUGCUUUUUUUUAUGCCUUUGCAAAUAUUGCAGGUGUGUUUGGGUUUUCCUUCCUUGUUUGUCAUUUUCUGAAUGCUGUAUUUUUUAAUUUUCCAAAAAAAAACAACAAAAAAAUAACUCAUGUAUUCAUGUUUUUAGCGAGGCACUUUUACUUGUGACGAGUAUCUGAUGAGUUGAAGGUUUGAGCUUUCACACAGUCAGAGGUUUUAUUUUAUUGAAAGGUGGCAGGAGUGAAUUCUGUCAGGGGCAGCCAAGGACAUAAAAAUGAUUUUCUUGGUUUCUGUGUGAGGUGAGCUGUUUGGGUUUUGUCUGCAGUACAGUGAAGACGGGAACACACACUCCCCAGUUUACCAACACACCUUGUCCCUGCAAUGUUCCCUUCCUCCCACCAGCUCUGUCUGUCAAGUGUAUUUUUAUUCACCCCAUCUUCUUUUGACUGUUAUCUCCAACUCACUGAAUCUACCUUUUCAACAUGCGCAAUCCAAAGAUAUUUUUCCAUAUCUCUGUAUAGUUUCUGAGGUUUCUGGUGUACAUUUUUUAUGAUAUGUGUUAUAUUAGUCUGAUGGUAAAUGGGUACAUAUCAUGGAUCUGAAUAAGCAUAUGAUGGUUAUGUACUGUAAAGGGCAUGGGCCUCAGUUGUUUGACAGUGGGAAGCUAUCGGUGCAGUGUCAAGAGGACUGGAAACUCAACCCCACAGCAGAAAGUUUUUACAUCCAGAAAAAAAAACUAAGCAUGUUUUUGCUGUGAAAGAGAAAUACCAAUGGAAUGAAAUCCACUUUAAGACAUAUCAAUAUCUAUUUUUCAGGAAACAACUUCAUUUUAUGUCCAGAUUUUGUUACUUCAGGAAAAAGGAACUUUGUAGAGAUUGAAUGAAGUGCAAAAAGAGGCAAGAGAUCAUUUGGUUUGUUUAAUCUUUUCUUUGUUUGGAGGUAAGAUAAGCUGUUAUUUUACAGGAUGUAUAUUACAGAAUUUUUCUGUUGAUGUUGAUAUUGAUGUAAAUACAAAUUUCUAUUUAAACACC